AUGGCGAUGAGCACUUUUCCUCCUCCCCCGGUUGAGACCCUAGAGUGGGAUCGACUGGGCCUGGCACCUAUGGACGUCAAUGGCCAUGUUGAAUCCGACUAUUCUGUCCACAGUGGCAAGUGGUCUGAACCUCGAUUCGUGAAAGAUCCGUUUCUCAAGAUCCACGGCCUCGCACCGGGGCUCAAUUACGGUCAGCAAGCAUUCGAGGGGAUGAAAGGUACGCCGUAUACGCUGCCAGGCCAGAUCCAGAUAUUCCGUCCAAAGGAGCACGCAGCCCGCCUGUCCUUGUCGUCCUCUACCAUCGCUAUUCCACCGAUUCCAGAGGAUAUCUUUCUUCGCGGGGUAAAUCUUGCCGUGGCGAGGAAUGCCGAAUAUGUUCCCCCACACGAGACAGAUGCUGCGUUAUACAUACGUCCCCUCGUCUUCGGGUCUGACGCCUUCUUUGCGGUCUCAGCGGGGACGGGCUACAAGUUCUGUGUCUACGUGCAGCCGUAUAAAGCCUACCAUGGCGUCCAUCCGCUCCCAGCCUUGAUCUUGGAGGAGUUCGACAGAGCAGCACCCAAAGGAGUCGGCCACGUCAAGGUUGGCGGCAAUUACGCUCCUGUGCUUAAAUGGAGCGAUCAGGCGCGCGCCGAAGGGUUCUUCUUGACGCUCCAUCUCGACAGUCGUCAUGGCUCCGAGAUCGAUGAGUUCAGCACAUCCGCCUUCAUUGGCCUAAAGAAAACCGGUGACUCUUAUACACUCGUCUCACCGAACAGCCGCUCGAUCCUAAAAAGUAUCACUAGCACGACUUGUCUAGAACUCGCCAAAUCGUUCGGAUGGAACGUAGAGAUCCGCCCGAUCUCGUACUCCGAACUCCCAUACUUCACCGAAGUCCUUGCUGUUGGGACCGCAGCCAUGAUACUCCCUGUCAAGUCAAUCACCCGCAAGUCAACCGGGGAUACCUUUGGAUUUGCGGCUGAUGGGCAGGGUGAGGGCUGCAAGAUGCUGUCAGGCGGCCUUUCGGAUGUUCAGAAGGGCAUAGUGAAGUCUGAUCCGGAGUGGCUUUGGCAGGUGUCCCCAGUCCCCGUUGUUGAUAGUUCGAGUAGUUAG